AUGAAUGGCUGGCUGCUCCUGAUCUGGGUCCAGAGGCUGAUACAGGCUGCCUUCCUCGCUGCAGGAGCCAAGGCAGGCACGAUAGAGACAAAGGGGACCAUUUCUGCAGAAGAAGGUGGCUCUGUCAUCUUACAGUGUCAGUUCUCCUCCAACACAGCUGAAGUGACCCAAGUCAACUGGGAGCAGCAGGGGAAGCUUCUGGCCAUUUAUAGUGCUGACCUGGGGUGGCAUGUCUCUCCAGACUUCCGUGAGCGGGUUGUCCCAGGCCCUAGCCUAGGCCUUACCUUCCAGUCACUGACAAUGAAUGACACAGGAGAGUACUUCUGCACCUACCACACCUAUCCUGAUGGGAUUUACAAGGGAAGAAUAUUCCUGAAGAUCCAAGAAAGCUCAGUGGAUCAGUUCCAGAUGGCCUUGCUUGGAGGAACCAUGGCUGCAGUGCUGGGACUCAUCUGCCUAAUGGUUACAGGGCUGACUGUGCUGGCCAGAAAGAAGUCUCUUAGAAUUCAUUCUACGGAAAGUGGCCUUGGGAGAAUGGCAGCUGAGCCACAGGAAUGGCACCUCAGGAUUCUCUCGUCCCCCGGAGGCCCUGUCCAGACAGAAGCUUCCCCUGCUGGCCGCCAUGGAGACCAGGCAGAAGAUGACUAUGCAGAACCCCAGGACUACUUUAAUGUUCUGAGCUACAGAAGCCUAGAGAGCUUCAGCGUCGUAGCAAAGACCGGCUAA